GAAUCCAGCAGCGUCUCUCACAGUGAGUCCUCACAGACUGCAGCACUUCAGCACAGAGUCACUGUCACUAAGCUGUGAGGGAACCUCUACUGAGUGGAGAGUGAAGAAGGCUGAUGAAGAUGGUGACGUGUCAUCCUGUCCUUACUGGGGAGAAAUGAAUGGAUCCAUAUGCAACAACGACACUACAGCGAGUAGUGGAGUGUACUGGUGUGAGUCUGAAACACAGUUCAGCAAUGCAGCAAACAUCACUAUACACAAUGUCCCUCAGCCUGUCUUCACGGUGUCCCCAUCAUGGACGAGUCCUGUAGACUCAGUGACUCUAACCUGCACUGUUGAACCUCCGUCUGCAGGAUGGAGGUUCUUCUGGUAUAAGGCUGUUCCAGAUCUGUCAACCUACUACUACCCCUACUACACCUAUGAUCUUCUACCUGGUAGCACCACUGGGACUGAACAGGGUUCCUACAUUAUUCAUGGACAGACCCACACAGCAGGAUAUGUGUGCAGGGCUGGAAGAGGAGAUCCUGUGUUUUACACCCUGUAUAGUGAUGUGAAGUUUGUCUGGUCUGGAGGUGUGAAUCCAGCAGCGUCUCUCACAGUGAGUCCUCACAGACUGCAGCACUUCAGCACAGAGUCACUGUCACUGAGCUGUGAGGGAACCUCUACUGAGUGGAGAGUGAUGAAGGCUGAUGAAAAUGGCCGUGUGUCAUCCUGUUCUAUCUGGGGAGAAAUUACUGGAUCCACAUGCAACAACGACACUUGGGCGAUUAGUGGAGUGUACUGGUGUGAGUCUGAAACACAGUUCAGCAAUACGUCCACCAUUGACUUUAAACCAGAGGAGCUGUAG